AUGUCUAUUAUGUCUCGCUGGCAUAAGCCAUCGUGCCACAGUCCGAAAGUGUAUGUCGAAGAUGAACUGCCAUGCUGUGAAUCAUGCGGCAGCAGCCCAAAUAUCCAGAAACUCGUCUCGGAACAAGCAAAUCUCAGCACGCCUUGGACUGUGCCUCCAGACGAGGACUUUGGCGAAAUGAAUCUCUCCUGGCCGGAAUGUGUUCGAUACAGCCCGCAGCCUGCAGGGACAAACGCCGGACAAGCCAUGAAGGCUGGUGACAUGGGGCUACGGGAUGAACUGUCCCCCAUCUACCACAAGAGGCUUCAAGACGACCAGUUCCGACUCCUUUAUCUUCCUUCUGUCGACGAUGAGAACCACUCUAUCCAUGCCAGUCUUGAGGCUUAUCAGACCCAUGAUUGCCCCGAAUACGAGACGGUCUCAUAUUGCUGGGGAGGCGAAAAUGACGAUACAAGGCUCUGUAAACCCCUCUUUCUUGGCGACUACUGGGACAUUCUCCUGCAAACCCAGAACUGUUGGUCUAUGCUUCACUAUCUUCGCCCUCGGGUCGGUGUCCGCAUCAUUUGGGUAGAUGCCAUCUGCAUCAAUCAGAUAGAUCACCAGGAACGCGAGAGCCAGGUUGCCAUAAUGGGCAACAUAUAUCAACAGUGUCUGAGGGCAAUCGUCUAUCUGGGACAAUAUGUGGUUCGCCCUAGAAGCGGCGAUACCAGAACGUAUCCCGAGCGACGUGAUCUAAACAUGGCAUCGGCGUCGGCCAUGGACCUACACCAGUUGUUCAAGAUGAGAUAUUUUCAGCGCGUUUGGGUCGUUCAGGAACUGAUUCUAGCGCCCAUGGUUGUCAUACCGGUCCAUGGCGUAGAGCUAACCGCUGGGCGGCGUACAGCUACCCGUGAGGGGGCAUGGCAUGAGAGCAGCGCCCCUUGGAUGAGCAACAUCUGCGCUGGGAAAUCUGAUACAGCUCUGGGAAGAAUCCUAGAGCUGACGCAGAAUUCUCAGUCAACAGAUCUACGGGACAAAGUGUUUGGAUUACUUGGUUUCAUCUCUGGAAGCACAGGACUCAGGCCGAACUACUUGCUCUCAUCCCUACAUAUAUACAUUGGGACUAUAGCUCACAUGCUGCUCAACGAGGGUCAUUCCCACCUUCUCAUCGAGGCUGCCGGUUAUCGAGCUCCCUCAGAGACCCCGUCAUGGCUUCCAGAUGGAAAUCUGUCCAAUCUUGGCGCGCUCGUCCAAAAACUCUCAAACGUCCGCUCGAAGUCCAGCUCAUCGGGUCUCCGUGGAUUUCAUCGUUCUCGCGCGGUGGUCUUUUGGACAAGGCUCCGCGAACAAAAUCCACUCUGGGAGACCAUAUUGCUAGCCAAGUCUGAUGAAAGCUUGUAUGGCAGUGGUCACCCCUAUCGCGGGUUUAGGCCUCUGAUGGCACCACUACCUGCUCCGGAGAAACCGUCGAUCAACCCGUCAACCGCUGCACUCUCACUUCCCCUGAUCUAUAUUUGCCAAUUCUCUUCCAAGCCUCUGCAGAUCCAUUGGGAUCGAGGCCUGAGUCGCUCUUUUGAGAUUACAGUCUCAAAUUCUACACUGUGCAUAUGCACUUCUGAUACUCCACUCAACAGCGCCAUCAAACCGGGACUCACCAGCCUUUUUCUGCUGAAGGACCAGAAAAACCCCCACUUUCUCCUUUUCAUGCAGCGGCCUCAUCCAAAGACAAACUACCGGCUGCUGAAAUGCUGCCUCUGUUAUGGCAUUUUCCUGUCGGCAAAGCCGCGUUCCAAGUCAAGAUACCCAGUCUUCCGUCUGCCCACCGUUCUCCAACGGCUCAACGGCUGUCAACGUAGUGCCAGAGAUAUUCCUUUUGAGGAAGACAGCAUACCGAUCUUACAUUAUACGGUCCAUAGUGCUGUUACCGAGGCUGAAAACCUUUGCAACAACAGCUGGGAAAAAUUGCAAACGAUGCCGACAAAAAUCGAUCCUUUGAGCCAAAACACUGUCACUGGUCAUAUACUGAGCCUCUUUCACAAGCUAUUUAUCAGCCCCGAAGGUCCUUUUGUCGAUCUUUAUUUCAGUUACCUUCGGCAGUGCAGCCCCAAAUGCUGUGUAGAGGUAGAACAGCGCGGGAAGGAGGCAUGGGUAUGGGUAACAAUGGCACCAACUGACUGGUUACCUAUACACAGGGCCCUCAAGGCCUAUUGGCAUGAAUUUGUGUUUAGGAUAGUCAUGAGACACUCAACACUACAGCACGUUGGGCCUUGGUAUUGGGCACGAGUGCCGGGAUCCUCAGACUCAUCUGAUGAGGAAGAGAUGGAUGUGCUGGAGAUAAAAUACACGUCGCCGGCUCACAGACUCUCUGCCUGGACAUCUUCGGAUACAAUGUUCCGGAGACCAGCCAGGUCCUGGAUCCAGUCACGCAGUGUCAGUAUGGUGGCUGAAAUGGAAGGCCUAAGAAGAUGGCUGAUGGGUAGCCCUUACUUGGUGCUUUUCCAAACGCUGAGGAUCUGUAGUCAGCUCGUCAAGGAAGAUGAGUUGACUUUGGCUACGACGGGGCCCAACCCUGAAUAUAAAUCGGUUUGCUACUUUGACUGGCCAGACUGCUUUUUUGGCGGCGAGCACAUUCCUGGGAAACAAGAGAACAUAAGUAUCUUCUAA